GUGCGCUGUAACAUACAUACAUGUGGUGGUUUGCAGUGCGAUCAUCAGCCGCAGCAGAAACGAUUUUAAGAGAGGCCUCUUCAACUUUAUAGCCGCCAUGCCUGCCAUAGGCAACUUGGACAACAGGAUAGCAAAUGCACAUCAGCUGCUCACGCAAGAUGUUGAGAGGUUUUGUAACAGCGUGGUGAACCAGUAUUCAAACUUAAGCAAGCUAUUUUUGGAUAUCGUUCUGUAUAUUGUCAAGCUGACAAAUGCUCAGGGACCAGCCAGCAUGAUGGCUUCCCUACUCGUAGCUGACCUUUUCCUUACACACCUUAGAAGGCCUAUUGGUAAGAUGACAGUAGCCGAGCAGCGGUAUGAAGGUGAAAUACAGAUAUGUUAACUCCCGUCUCAUCAUCAAUAGGUAGUGAAGAAAUGGCCUUUUACAAUGGAAAUAAAAAAAUAAAA